UCAACUCAUCAUUAUUAUAACAAUUUAGUUAACGGUAAUCAGAGAGUAGUUGGUUGAUUAGUUAACUAACGAAGGUAAAAAAAGGAAAUCAAUUGAUUGAAAAAUCGUCUCGAUCUCAACGUUACUAUUUUUAAUUGUUGUGUGUCAGUAUUAUUAUUAUUAACCCUUUGUUAGUUAAAUAUGAUCUGUAAUUCUUGUGGUUUAUCAGCGUCAGAAUCAACUAAACAUCAACAAUUAACUUCAACAGUAAAAUUAACAUCUAAUGUUAUUAUUAAUGAUGAGGUUGAUGGUGUUAUCUUGCCGAGGACAAUUAAAAGGUGUCCGGUUAAAUCAUGUUUGAAGAAACGGACAUCGUUGUUACCUCCGCCUUCACCUUCACCACCGCCACCAACAAUUAAUCAAUCAUCUUCCUCAUCAACAUCAACCUCAUCUUCAUCAUUAUCAUCACCCGAAUCAAUAUUAGCCCAUUGCGAUGAAACUUUGACUAAAUUGCGUCUCUCAUUUACAGAUGGCCUGAUUGACGAUUAUAUUGUCGGUGAUCGUGUUUGGGUUGACGGAAACAAGCCAGGCUACAUUCAGUUCAUUGGUGAGGUUCAUUUUGCCGACGGUGAUUGGGCUGGGGUGGUCCUCGAUGAGCCGAUUGGUAAAAAUGCUGGUUCAGUGAGUGGAAGGCGCUAUUUUUACUGUGAACCCAAACGUGGACUUUUCUGCCGUCUCCAGCGGCUUUCACGUUACCCUUAUUCGUUUGGUAAGUCCACUCCCGACUCUGGUAUUUCCGCUGAUGGUGAAGUGAUUGCUCGUGGUCUCCGUCGUUCUCUUAAAACUGGUGGAACCUCAUCUCGUGGCGGUUCACCAAGUCGUUCAUAUACCAGUAACUCGGAGCGAAGUCGAUCUUUAUCCCGAUCAGUUUCCAGGUCACCUGAAUCAUCUCGAUGGUUAUCCUACUCGGAGACACAUCAUGAUCCCAAUUGUCCAUCUUCCCGAUCAUCUUCUCGUAGAGCUGGAUCACCGAUGCGCCAUCGAUCAGUCAGUCCAUUAGCUCGAUAUGCUUGGUCCAAUACUGAUGACCUUAGUAACCUGAUCGCCGCUGAUGAUUAUGCCACCGAAAACAGAUCAACUAAAGUUUACUCUUACACACUUCCCCGUAAGCCAACGUCAACUUUAACCACCGUCUCCACGGUGACAACAACAGUUGACGGCCAAUACAAACCAGGUCCACUUCGUCCUGGGGAUAAGGUGUUCGUCAAUUCAUCCAAAGGUCUUCUAACGGGUCGCCUUCGGUUCAUAGGGUCAACCAAUUUCGCCGCCGGUCAAUGGGCUGGAGUUGAACUCGAUGAGCCUCAUGGUAAAAACGAUGGACAAGUUGCUGGAAAAAGAUACUUUCAUUGUCGAUCCCGAUAUGGCCUAUUUGCCCCGAGCUACAAAGUGGUCAAGGCGGAUCCCAAUCGGAUGACCACAGUGACCAGAACCGUUCGUAAUGGACCAAGAUUUUAAUUGGGAAAUAAUGAUUAACAUCAACAUCUGAUUUAUCUGCGACAAUUUAAUUGUUGUAAUCGUCUUCAAAUUUGAUUGUUGUCCUUUCAUAGUUAAUUAUUUUGUUCUGUGUUCAAGUCAAUCUAUUUGUCUCUCUUUUUGAUUACUGAUUCAUUUACCUUUUUUUACCCUUUAAUUCAUUGAAAUUUAAUUUUCUUCUUUUGCUUCUGACUGUUAACAAUUAACUCUAAUUAGUUGAAACAAUUUAAUUGUCUUUUUCUUUUCCGUUUAUCAUCUCAUACAACAACAAUUAAACCAACAAUCAAAUCAAUCAAAUAAUUUUCUUGUAAUUUCAUUAAACAUGUUGAUUAAAAUGCUUUUGUUUCAUUAGAAAGUUGAUAAUCAAGUCCUUAGAUCGUUUACAAUUUAAAUUGUUAUCACAAUUUAAUACUCUAAUCAGUGGGUUGUCUUAUAGUAGUUAAUCAACAACACCCACAGUAACAAUCUGAUCAAUUACAAUUAGCAUUAGAUUGAUAAUCAACUAAAUCUUUGUAAUCUCAAUUGUUUGUUUAUUAGAUAACAAUUAACAUUUCCAAGUAAAUUGUUGGGGUUUUUGCCCAUCGACCAAAAUGCUAA